UCUCUGGCAUUGAAAAGUAAAGACAAGCAGCAAGUCGAGAAUAUGACACGGCUACUGCUUUUACUUUUAACGACCACGCUUGUGGGACUUUGUCAGUUCUCUCCUCGCAUCUCAGUCGUAUAUGGUCAGCAACAACCACAACACGAAAAAUAUGACGUAUUUCACAUGGUGCCAGCAAAUCACUCUUCACAAGUGAGACCCGAUUAUGACGUGUCGUACACAGCACCUGGUUACAACGUUGCUGGAGAAGCUGUGAGCACGACAUCCGGGUUUCAAAUUCCUUUGACUGCAAGACCCGGCCCGACUGACUUUUACGGCAAAACCAUCAAAGAGCUGGUAGUCCAAGUAGACUACGAAACUGAGGAUCGACUCCAUGUCACAAUCAGCGAUAAGGGUCAAAACCAAAUACCAGUACCCGAUUCACCACUUGGUUUACCACGACCCAAACUGAACACACCUUUUGAAAAUCCCAAUUAUCGUUUUAAAUACACACGCGAGCCUUUCACUUUCCAGGUCAUCCGAACAAGCGACAAUGCUGUGGUAUUUGACACGACGGAUUAUCCGCUGGUGUUUGAGGACCAGUACCUCGAGCUGACAACAAAAGUACCUAAAGAUGCCAAUCUUUAUGGAUUUGGCGAGACACCGUUACCAUCGUUUCGAAGGAAUAACCAGCUGAACGCCACAACCGUUUUUGCUCGCGAUGCCGCUUGCCCUUUUUAUGAAAAUAUUUAUGGCUCGCAUCCAAUGGCAAUGGAAAUCCGCAAUGGCAAGGCACACGGCAUGUUUUUAUUGACCGCGCAUGGCAUGGACGUGCUCACUGUGGAAGGCCGUAUCACUUUCAAGAUCAUCGGCGGUGUGCUCGAGUUUUAUUUUUUCACGCCAACAGAUAAUAAGCCAAAUUCAGUUGUGCGCUCAUACACGGAUUUGGUGGGCAAGCCAAUGAUGAUAUCUCACUGGUUCCUUGGCUUCCAGCAUUGUCGGUGGGGAUAUCAUGAUAUUGAUGAGGUUGAAGAGGUUGUCCGGAAAUACAGAGAACAUGAAAUUCCAUUGGAAGUCAACUGGGUGGAUAUUGAUUAUAUGGAUACUUACAAGGACUUUACUUUCGAUCCCGUUCAUUUUCCCGAAGAGCGGAUGAAAAGAAUGAGUGACAAUCUCCAUGCCAACAAGCAACGAUUCGUUCUCAUGGUGGAUGCAGGCAAAGCAUACCGAAGCGACUAUGGGCCGUUCAUUCGCGGACAAGAGCUCGAUGUGUUUAUGAAAAAUCCAGAUGGAUCAUACUAUGUUGGCGAGGUUUGGCCGGGAUACACCGUCUUUCCAGACUGGUUCCACAAAAACGCAGCGCAAUACUGGGACUAUGAAAUAGCUUCGUUUAUGAGCCGCAUGGAUUUGGAUGGAUUAUGGAUCGACAUGGAUGAACCCUCGUCGUUUUGUCUAGGAUCGUGUGGAUCGGGUAAAAUGGAUGUACUGCCGCCUAGUUUUGAGCCAUGGACAUUGCCUCAGGAACAACAAGACAUGAUGCACAUAUCCGAGGAACAGGCGUUGUUGGAGCUGGCCAAGACAGUCGAUCUAGAAAAAGAAACACGCAAUCUGCUGUAUCCAAACUAUGCAAUCCAUAAUAUGGCAGGCAACUUGUCCGAGAAAACGGCGCCCAUGAUUGCCUAUCAUGCAGACGGUACCAUUCCGCAUUAUGAUUUGCAUAAUCUGUAUGGUCAUGCAGAGUGCAGUACAACACGAAAUGCUAUCUUGAAAUACAAACCUAAUGAGCGUCCGUUCAUCAUUAGUCGAUCCACAUUUUCAGGGUCAGGUCAUUAUGCUGGUCAUUGGAUGGGUGACAAUUGGGCUACCUGGGAGUACCUGAAAGCUUCCAUUGUUGAAGUAUUCAACGUCCAAAUGUUUGGCAUAUCUUACAGCGGAUCCGACAUUUGUGGAUUUAACGGCAACACCACAGAAGAAUUAUGCACGCGCUGGAUGCAACUUGGCGCUUUUUAUCCGUUUGCACGGAAUCACAAUGUGAUAAACGGCAUAGCACAGGAACCCUACCAGUGGGAGUCGACAGCAGAGGCCAGUCGAAAAGCGCUCAGCAUCCGUUACUCUUUGCUACCCUACUUGUACACGCUUCAUGAAGAAUCACAUCGUCUAGGCACUGGGGUGUGGCGACCCCUUGUUUUUGAAUAUCCCGAGAUCGAAGCCUAUCUCACCAACGAUGAACAGGUCCUGAUUGGUACCGAUAUACUCUUGACACCUGUGGUGACUGAAAAUGCCCUCUCAGUCAAGGGACAAUUUCCACUUGGUACCUGGUACGACUGGUAUACAUACGAACCUGUCAUCUCAGAGACCGCUGACAGAUGGGUUACUCUCGAUGCCCCAUUGACGCAUAUGCCGAUCCAUGUUCGUGGUGGUGCCAUUGUGCCACUCAAAGAGCCCAAGCGUGUGGUGGAGGACGCGUAUGCGACGCCAUAUACCUUGCUCAUUGCUCUGGAUCACCAAGGUAGUGCUGAGGGUCGCUUGUAUAUAGAUGACGGCCAUUCGGUGGAGCAACCGGAAACAUCGGAUAUUGUUUUCAAAAUGGAGGAUCAGGUGCUUCAUAUACAAGGCUCGUUUGGUUAUUCGCAAGCAGAAAAACUGGAAACCAUCAAGAUCAUUUCUGCACCACCGGCAUCAUCCCUUGUCUGGACUCUGGCUAGAUAUGACAAUGGAGAGGAGCAUAGCCUUGUUUCAUCAGGUUUAUGUAAACGAAACAAAACCAGGAAGCUUUUCGAUUCUGCUGAUGUACUUUAACUUUUUGUAUGAUUCGUUGAAUACACAAUAAAAUGUUAGUAUAAUGUAGACGAACAAGUCUUUAGUACAUAGUGAAGUUGACACUUCACUAUCCCGCCACCCCUCUCUUAAAAGACUCCUCA